CCUAGCUUCUUUCUCAUGCGUUUAGCCGUCACUUAAUAUUUUCAAUCCGUCGUUGACAGAGGGGAAAAGAUGUCGGAGCCGCAGUCCAAUCGCCCGCAUCGAAAGUCCAAGGAGAAGAAGCAACCGUCUGGAGGACCCAACGCGAAAGCUUUUGCCUAUUCUCGUCCUGGGAAGCUUGCCAAGCAAGCCGCUCGCUCUGACGAUGUGCGCGAAAAACGACUUCACGUUCCCAUGGUGGACAGGUUGCCGGAGGACGCACCGCCCAUCAUCGUUGGUAUCGCUGGACCGCCAGGUGUGGGCAAAACGACGCUGAUCAAGUCGCUCAUUCGCCGAUAUACGAAACAAACCAUUUCCGCACCAUCCGGGCCACUCACCGUGGUGACUUCGAAGCGCCGACGUCUCACCUUCGUCGAAGUACCUUCAGACUCACUCAGCGGGAUGAUCGACGCCUCGAAGAUUGUGGACAUCGUCCUCAUCCUGAUCGACGCAAACUACGGGUUCGAAAUGGAGACCAUGGAAUUCUUGUCGCUGCUGUCCGCCCAUGGCAUGCCAGGAAACGUCAUGGGAGUCUUGACGCACCUGGACUUGUUCCGCAAGCCCGAAACGAUGCGCGCAGCGAAAAAGCGACUGAAACAACGGUUCUGGGGCGAACUUUACCGCGGCGCCAAGUUGUUCGCCUUGUCGGGCGUGAUCAACGGGAGAUACCCCGACCGCGAAAUCCUCAACCUCUCUCGAUUUCUGAGCGUCAUGAAGAACCCGCGCCCUCUCGUCUGGCGGCAAAACCAUGCAUAUUGCCUCGCCGACCGUGUCCUCGAUCAAACUCCUCCCGCGCAAAUCGAGGACGACCCGAAGUGCGAACGGACGGUGGCGUUCUACGGCUACCUGCGCGGCGUCAACUUCCCCGCCCAGAACGGUCGAGUGCACGUAGCCGGCGUCGGCGAUUUGGACGUCAGCGGCGUCGAGGCGUUGCCCGAUCCGUGUCCGACACCGUAUUUCCAACUUGCAGAGGAGAAGCGAUCGGGAAAGAAGCGAAAACGAUUGGAAGAAAAGCAGAAGGUCUUGUGGGCACCCAUGAGCGACGUUGGCGGAGUACUGGUGGAUCGAGAUGCGGUCUACGUCGAUGUCAAGACCGACACCUUCAAGGAAGACGCGGAGGAUUUGGGAUUUGGAGAGCAAAUGAUGGUUCGGCUACAGGCCGGCCGCAAGCUCUUGGGUCAGACCGACGACGGCGUGCAACUAUUUCGAACAGGGCGCAAGGUCCAAGGUGACGAGGACGAGGACGAGAACGAUGGUGGACGUACGGAACGACGUCAAGCUCGGGAGAUCCAGCGGGACCACGGCGACGAUGAAGAGCAGGACACGGGCACGGAAGACGAGGAGAACCCAUCCGAGGGAGACGAGGACCACGAUUGGCCGGUCGAGCGAGAGGUCGCUCUCCAAUCCGAGUCCGAUCGGCGCCCCCCAAACGCUACCAACCGCAACGAUGCGGUUUUCGCCGACUCGGACUCCGAUUUGGGUUCGAUAUCUGAUGUGUCCGAUCAGGAGCUGGAAGAUGAUCCCGACCUCGAGGAAUCGGACGAUGAUCCUGGCCUGGGCGAAUCAGAUGAUGAGGGCAUGGUGCGGUGGAAGGAGGGGAUAUCGGAGCAUGUCCAGCGAUUGUCCAAUGGGCGCGCCUACCGUAUCCAAGAUCUCGCGAAAAUGUUCUACAAUGACGCUCUGACACCGAGGCAAGUCGUCGACCGGUGGAGUUCCCGCGAGAGUGACAAGCAGGCGGCCGCGAAUGGCGAGGAUGACUUUUUCCAACGCGCCCCACUCGAAGACGAGCUUGCAGACACGGAAUACCGAACUCUACCCAAAUAUGACACGACCUCCCUGGAACAGCGCUGGACUUCUCCGGGGGCACUCGAAGCACUGUCAUCUCGAUUCGCUAUCAGCCACCUCGCUGACGGAAAGGACGGGGAUUCUGAUGAGGAAGCCGAAGCGGAUGCCGAUGUCGAUGACGAAGGUGACGGGGCUUACGAAGAUCUGGAAACCGGAGAAGUGUUUGAAGGCAUUAAAGACGAUGAAGGCGAUGCACCAGCCGAUCCCAUCGCACAGGAGCGGGAGAGGAAUGCCAAGCGGAAGGAGGAACUCAAACUACGUUUUGAAGAGGAGGACGCGGAAGGGAUCUUCAACGACAAAGCCAAAGAGCGCGAGGCAACCGGGGCGAAUGCCGAGCGGGAGUUUGGGGAAGAUGAAUGGUAUGAGGCGCAAAAAGCCACGGUGCAGAAGCAGCUCGAUAUCAACCGCUCCGAAUUCGAUCAACUGGACGAGGCAAGCCGGGUUCGUGUCCAAGGUCAUGCCGCUGGCACCUACGUACGGAUGGUUCUCGCAAACGUGCCCGCGGAGUUCGUUACCGCCUUCAACCCCAGAUUCCCCAUCAUCAUUGGAGGACUGACACCGACUGAGGACCGAUUUGGGUUUGUCCAGGCCCGCAUCAAGCGCCACCGAUGGCACAAGCGGGUUCUCAAGACGAACGAUCCGCUGAUCUUCAGCUUGGGGUGGCGCAGGUUCCAGUCGUGCCCCGUGUUGAGCACCAGCGACAGCCGGACUCGCAACCGGAUGCUGAAAUACACCCCGGAGCAUAUGCAUUGUUUCGGAACGUUCUACGCUCCCCUGAUUUCGCCGGGAACCGGACUGGUGGGGGUUCAGAGUCUGGGGAAUGAGAACCCGGGGUUCCGCAUCGCUGCCACGGGCACAGUUCUGAGCGUGGAUGAGAACGCGGAGAUUGUCAAGAAGCUGAAGCUCACAGGCCACCCGUACAAGAUCUUCAAGAACACAGCGUUCAUCAAGGACAUGUUCAACAGCGCCUUGGAGAUUGCCAAGUUCGAAGGCGCCAGCGUUCGAACAGUCAGUGGGGUUCGAGGCCAGAUCAAGCGAGCCCUCAGCAAACCCGAGGGCUGUUUCCGAGCGACCUUCGAGGACAAACUGCUCAUGAGCGAUAUCGUUUUCCUCCGCGCUUGGUAUCCGGUGAAGCCUCGACGUUUCUACAAUCCCGUCACCGACCUGCUCGGUGCGCCGGUGGAAGAUGGCGAGGACACGUCCGGCACGUCAGGGAAAGGAUGGCAGCCGAUGCGCCUGACGGGCGAGGUUCGCGCCACCCAAAACAUACCGGUUCCGAGCCUCCCGAAUAGUGUGUACCGGCCGAUCGAGAGGCCGACGCGACACUUCAACCCCCUGCGCGUCCCACGAAAGCUGCAAGCCGAGCUCCCCUACAAGUCGCAAGUGUCCCAGAUGCGGCCCCAGAAGACGCAGACGUAUCUGCAGAAGCGGGCCGUGGUGGUCGGAGGCGAGGAACGCAAAGCACGCGACCUGUUGAACAAGGUGAUGGCGAUCCGGCAAGAGAAGAUAGAGAAGCGUGGGCGUAAGAAGGACGAGAACCGAGCGGAAUUCAAAAAGAAGAUUAGCGAGGGGCAGGAGAAGAAGGCGGAGAGGGAGAAACGGGAGAAGGACGAGUUCUGGAAGCGGGAGGGCAGGAAGCGAAAGGCAUGGGAGGGAGACGGUGGUCAAGCGAAGAGACGGAGAUGAUGUACGGAGUAGCGGGAGUAGCGGGAGAAGUCUCGCAGUUUGGAUCAGUUUACGUAGUUCAAUAUCAUACCCCUCCAGGCAUCGAGAGAAGCGCGUCUCGGAUUCUACUACGAUACCUUGCAAGAUGGCCGUGUGCCUGAGUCCACGUCUCUCAGAAGGUGACGAUAGUAGCAGGUUGAGUAAUAUGACAG